ACGGCUAUACAAUAAGAAGAAGUUGAAAGUAGUGAGGUUAUGUUAUAAAUCUCCUUAUGAGCAUUAAGGAAAACUUACAUUUUUUCCACAUUCGAAACGUGAAAUGUCGGAAAAGUGAAUGAUUCCUAAAUUGUGUACUUAAAUAUUUGUCUAUCACUAAUAUAUCGAAAAUGAAAUUACUUACCCAUAACAUGUUAACGUCCAAGUGUAUGAAAGGUGUUAGUGUAGGGUAUCCUCUUGGUUUGAAUGCAUCAGAUGUUAGGGUUUCUGAGGUGGAUUUCAAUCCAGAGUUCGUUGCAAAAAUGAUUCCAAAGCUGGACUGGUCUGUUUUGUAUAAUGCUGCAGAAAGUAUUGGACAGCUUGAAGAUUUACCAAAAGAACUAAUAAGCAACUAUGAAAAUAAUCCCGAAUUUUUGAAAAAAGUCCAUCAUGUACUUCUCGAAGUCGAUAUAAUUAAUGGGGAACUGAUCUGUCCAGAAACUGGUAGGAAAUUUCCCAUCAAUAAUGGUAUUCCAAAUAUGCUGUUGAAUGAAGAUGAAGUUUAAAAAUACUUUCGUUACAUGAAACAGUCAUUACUAUAUAUUGUUUCCCCAGGUAUAAUGAUUGGUUGGUAAACCAAAUUCUUUAAUUUUAUGUGAUGGAAAUAGCUGAUACUUGAUGAAAAUCAAUAGGGUAUUCAGGAAACACUUCAUUGUGAGAUUUUCAUGAAACCGCAACAGCUGUUUUAUUUUAAAAUACUUCUUUCAGGGGUGGCCAUAAUAACGGUUUGGUUAGUGCACUUCCUUACAUUCAACAAAAGCUCAGAACCCAAAAUUAAUUGUCUUUAAGGUAUCCCUAAUAUAAAAUUCUACCCUAGAGAACAUUCCCCGCGUCAAAGUUGAAGUGGAGUAUAUGAGCACUCUUAUUGAUUUUCAUGGUCAUUUUUUCCAAGUAAAAAAAUUAUUUGGUUUAUAAACCAGGUGGAAAUUUGAAAACGUUUUUUAAGGGAUUAUAAAGCCAAGUUGAAGACCCUUUAUGUUCAAUAUUUGUAUUAUAUACAAUUUUCAUUUGUUACACUAAACCAGAAUAAAUGUGAUACAUUUUUAAA